UAUGCACCCAAAAAUGUGUAAUUACUAUAUUUUGGGUAAACUAUAGUAUAAAAGUCUUUUAUAUUAUCAUUAAACAAAAGUUAUUUAAAAAAAAAAGGAAAAGUGUAACCGAAGCUCCGAAUUUUAUUUAUAAAGGACAUUUCAAGUUACUAAUAUUAUUAUGUGCAUUUGAACAACAAAAUGAUUCUCUUUCUACUUUUUCUUGCCAUUCUGCUUUUUCUUAUUUUUCUUCUUUUUAACGCAAAAAAGAAUGGAAAAGACAAUCUUCCACCAGGUCCUAUAGAACUCCCAUUCAUUGGAAAUUUGCAUCAGUUUGAUAGUUUAACCCCUCAUCUCUAUUUUUGGAAACUUUCCUAAAAAUAUGGAAAAAUAUUCUCAUUGAAAUUUGGUUCUUCUAUUAUGAUUGUAUUUUCUUCAGCAAAAUUAGCAAAAGAAGUAUUGAAGACACAAGAUUUAGUGUUUUGUAAUAGACCUUCUCUUCUUGGGCAGCAAAAAUUGUCCUACAAUGGUCAUGAUAUUGCCUUUUCACCUUAUAAUGACUAUUGGAGAGAAAUGAGAAAAAUUUGUGUGCUUCAACUAUUUAGUCUUAAGAAAGUGCAAUCAUUUAGGCCAAUUCGUGAAGAUGAGGUCUCGAGCAUGAUUAAGAAAAUAUCUCAACAAGCUGCUUCUUCUCAAGUUACAAAUUUGAGCAAUAUAAUGAUUUCACUAACAAGUAUAAUUAUUUGUAGAGUUGCUUUUGGUGUUAGGUUUGACGAAGAAGCACAUGAAAGGAAGAGAUUUGAUUAUCUCUUGGCGGAAGCUCAAGCUAUAAUGGCUAGCUUUUUUGUGUCUGAUUUUUUUUCUUCUCUAAGUUGGAUUGAUAAACUUACUGGAUAUGGUAGGCUCGAAAGGAAUUUCAAGGAUUUGGAUGGGUUUUAUGAAGAACUCAUUGAGCACCAUCACAAUCCCAAUAAACCUAAAUCCAUGGAAGGAGAUAUUGUUGAUCUGUUGCUUCAAUUGAAGAAAGAGAAAUCAACACCAAUUGAUCUCACUUUGGAGGAUAUAAAAGGAACUCUCAUGAAUGUGUUAGUUGCUGGAUCAGACAAUAGUGCAGCUAUAGUAGUAUGGGCAAUGACAGCACUGGUGAAAAAUCCAAAAGCAAUGAAAAAAGUCCAAGAAGAAAUCAGAAACCUAAUUGGGAACAAAGGCGUUGUGAAUGAAGAUGAUAUUCAAAAUAUGUCUUAUCUCAAAGCAGUGAUAAAAGAGACAUUUCGAUUAUAUCGACCAGAUCCACUUCUAAUACUUAGAGAAUCAAUGAAGAAGUCAAGACUUGAAGGGUAUGAAAUUCAGCCAGGAACUUUAGUUCAUGUUAACGCUUGGGCAAUCGCAAGAGAAACUGAAAUAUGGAAAAAUGCAACAGAAUUUAUACCUGAGCGAUUCUUGGAUAGCGAUAUCGAUUUCAAGAGAGAAGACUAUGAGCUAAUUCCUUUUGGAGCAGGAAGAAGAGGAUGCCCAGGGAUUACACUUGGAAUUGUAGCCAUAGAACUUGCAUUAUCAAAUCUUCUUUAUCCAUUUGAUUGGGAAUUACCUUAUGGAUUGAAAAAAGAGGAUAUUGACACAGAUGUUAGGCAUGGAAUCACCAUGCAUAAGAAAAAUGAGCUUU